AUUAAAGCAAUAUAUUCGAAAUUCCAGUGCCCCGCAAAAAACUCGACAACUCCCAAUUCCUCCUCCUCCUCCUCCUCCUCCUCUUCCAUGGCGUCUCCGAGUUGGGGGUUGUUUUUUAUCCUUUCUCUUUCUCUUCUUCUUUCUCCUGCAAAUUCUCGCCUCUGUUCUUCCGCUAAAUUCUCCAACAACAAUCUCUAUUCUCACUGCUCCGAUCUCCCUUACCUUUCCGCCUCCCUCCAUUCCACUUUCGAUUCUUCCAAUUCCUCUCUUUCCGUUGCAUUUGUUGCCGAUCACUCCAAUGCCGCUGGAUGGAUCGCUUGGGCUGUCAAUCCCACCUCCACUGGUAUGGCCGGUUCUCAGGCUCUUGUUGCCUAUCUCGACGCUGGUGUUCCGGUUGUCAAGACUUAUGAUGUUGCGUCUUAUGGUUCUGUUAAGCCUUCUGAGCUUUCGUUUGAGGUUUGGGAUGUGGCGGGGGAAUUUUCCGGCGGAGAGUUGAUUAUUUUCGCGAAGUUGAAGGUGCCUGUGGGUGAUACGACGCUGAAUCAGGUCUGGCAGGUCGGGCCGUCUGUGGAUGGAACUCGUUUGGGCGUUCAUGAGUUUAAACCGGAGAAUCUUAAUGCGAAAGGAACCCUAAGUUUGUCAGGUGGUGAAUCGACGAGCACCGCAUCUAGCGGCGGUGAAAUCGAUCCACGAAUGAUAAGGAAAAAUAUUCAUGGAGUUUUGAACGCGGUGAGUUGGGGGCUUCUGUUCCCGAUUGGAAUCGUGAUUGCGAGGUACCUUAGGGUUUUUCCGUCGGCGGAUCCGGCGUGGUUUUAUCUUCAUAUUUCAUGCCAGAUUUCUGCGUACGCCAUUGGAGUAGCGGGUUGGGGGACUGGAAUGAAGCUUGGGAGUGAAUCAGAAGGGUAUCAGGUUUUGGAUCACCGGAAUAUCGGAAUCGCGCUUUUCUCCAUGGCCACUUUGCAGAUGUUCGCACUGUUCUUGAGACCAAAAAAGGAUCACAAAUACAGAGUAUAUUGGAACAUAUACCACCACAGCAUUGGUUACUCAAUCUUGAUCCUCGGCAUCAUCAAUGUGUUCAAGGGCUUCCACAUACUUAGCCCUGAUCACAAAUGGAAGUUUGCGUAUGUGGUUACCAUCAUCGUCGUGGGCGCCAUUGCUCUAGUCUUAGAACUCGUGACAUGGAUUGUGGUUAUCAACAGGAAAUCCACAAACAAAUCCACUUAGCUGCUUCAUCAUAUGUAUCCUUUUUCCCCUCCUUCUAAUUCUAUUUCUAUUCUAUGUUUAUUAUUUAUCAUAGCGUUGUGAGGAUCAUUGAGAGAGAAAGAGAAAGAUAGAGUUCUUUGCACAAUUAAAUAUACAUAUUUUGUUUUAAUCAUACUCUCACUCACUUUACUAUAUCAAUGUCAUAUCUAUG